AUGAGCGUAUCCGUAGACGACCUCGUCGCGUCUUUCAACUCCAAUCACAUCGGCCAGGAGGCCAUCGACCUGGCCAACCUCCAGGCACAACUCGCGCAGGCCCUGCGCAACCAAGCCUCUACCAGCGCGCAGCCCAUUCAACGGCGCGCGUAUCCACCAUCCAACACGCCCCUUGCGCGUACGCCAUCGUCCAGCAUGUGCUGGGAGCCCAGCGACUUCAUGCGCGCACGGAGCUCGAGUGCCGCGAAUGCUACUCAGUUGCGCGGAAUCGACGAAAACAAGCAGGACGUGGACGCUAUGGACGAGGACGAGCGCAUGGUAGAGGAUAUGCUCUUUGCUUCCCCCGUCAACAACGGUUUCUCCAAUCCCGCUCUGCCAUCUUCCCCUGCGACAUACUCUGGGAUGGUCUCGCGGCGGCCGAGCGUUCCGCACGUCUCCAGCACCUUUGACAUGGCUCCAGCUGAGCUCCCAUCGCCCAAUACGUCACACUUUGCCACAACCGACCCCUUCUUCAUCGCUCAGAUGCAGGCAGCCCAAGCACCCGCGCCGUCUUUCUUCGCUCACGCAGGCUGUCCCUCAGCGCACUCGCCCUUCACACUUCAGUCGGCAUUCGGUCAACAUGCCCACCACCCCAUUGCGUCCGAGGUUGACCCGGCGCACAUGUUCGCGUCCUCACCAGCGGCAUUCAGCUGCUAA